GUGGGUUAGCUUAGCUUAUCCCAAAAGAUGUUAGCACCAACACUCAACAGAUAACGGAGAGGGGGAGAGGACAGGAAGAAAAGAAUAUGGUGGGCGCUUCGUCUUUGCAACCAAGACUCCUCUCUUCUUUUGUUGGUGAUCGUUUAGUUCAAUCGAGACAACCACUUGCUCAGCUAUUUCAUUACAACCCAGGUCGUAAGCAUGUAUCAAUGCAAUUAUCCAAAACGUUUUCUGGCUUAACCAAUCUUUUAUUUAAUAGAAGGAACAAUUUGGAUGAAGUUCCAGAUGGCAAGCGCAAAAGUCUGAGACCUGGGAAGUUAUCUCCUCGUCGACCUGUUCCAAAUCAUAUAAAAAGGCCACCUUAUGUCAAAACUCGUAUGGCACCUGGAAUUGCUAGUGGCCCGGAAGUGCAUGAUCUAAAGGGCAUAGAACACAUGAGAGCUUCUGGAAGGCUUGCAGCUCAGGUUCUCAAUUAUGCUGGGACCUUAGUGAAGCCAGGCAUAACAACUGAUGAAAUUGACGAAGUAGUUCACCAAAUGAUAAUUGAUAACGGAGCGUAUCCAUCGCCUCUUGGCUAUGGUGGAUUUCCAAAAAGUGUCUGCACAUCAGUGAAUGAAUGCAUUUGCCAUGGCAUACCGGAUUCUCGUCCGCUUCAGGAUGGUGAUAUAAUCAAUAUUGAUGUCACUGUGUAUUUAAAUGGUUAUCAUGGUGACACCUCGGCAACUUUCUUUUGUGGAGAUGUUAGUGAGGAAGCUAGGAACCUUGUGAAGGUAACCAAAGAAAGCCUAGAUAAAGCUAUAUCAAUUUGUGCACCAGGAGUGGAGUUCAAGAAAAUUGGCAAAACAAUUCAUGAUCAUGCAGAUAAAUUCGGUUAUGGUGUUGUCCGGCAAUUUGUUGGCCAUGGGGUUGGACGGGUUUUUCAUGCUGAUCCUGUCGUUCUACACUUCAGGAACAACGAUGGUGGACGUAUGGUCUUGAAUCAGACCUUCACUAUUGAGCCGAUGCUAACGAUUGGCAGCAUUAAUCCUGUAAUGUGGGAUGAUGACUGGACGGUGGUCACAGAAGAUGGGAGCUUGUCAGCUCAGUUUGAGCACACAAUUCUAAUAACCGAAGACGGGGCUGAAAUAUUGACCCAAUGUGAAGCUUGAUAUCGAAUCAUGCAGGAAAUACCGGGGUAUGGGUAUCGCCCCUUUUGGAGUUAUUAUCAUCCACAUCUGACAUCCGUUGUCUGAACCAAUACCUUUGCCCAAGAGAAGACGCACCAUUCAGGCUUGUAUGCUGUUUAUUCAGGGUUGAAGACACACUAUAGUUAACGAACUAUUUAUUCUCUUUCAUGAUUUAUCAAUGAAAUCUCCCAAGUGAUUAUAGUUUUUAUAUUAUCAAAUAUAUGUUCUUCGUUUUUUUUAAUCAGAGAUUUGUUCAUGUAUUAACUACAAUUCAACCUUUGAGCUUAUGCUCAAGUUGUUUUAUUUUAUUUAUUUUUCUUUU